GACAGGCAGUUGUUAUUCAGCUUUCGUUCGGUCGAGACGGUUAACGGGAUGCUCCGUGUGUUUUUCUGUUCCAUUCUCUGAUCUGUAUAUGGGAACAUUAGAGGUUCUUCUUGUUUUUCCCGGUAGUGGUUGAAUACAUGAAAAAAGUGGAAGAGAACCAUUCAUCAGUUCGUGCUUUUGAAAGAGGACGAGGUGAACAGGACCAAACCGGCGAGGGAAAAGUGAUGUUUUGUGCAAUCUUUCCUCCGGUGCCGUUUUCUGCUAUAUAACAAAAGGAUUAAUGAAUUUCGCUCUGAGAACAGAGUCGUGAAUUCCGAUAAUCAUUAAUCUCGGGCGAACCCGAACGGGAGUGAACAGUGGUGCGCCGUGGCAGCGAGGACGCACUCAACGGAUUACUGUGAAAGUGGCUGGAUUUUUUUUUGGCCAAUGUGAAGCAAAAGUGUAGCAGCGCGCUCGUCGAAGUGUUUACAAAAGCGCUAAAUUUGGUUGAAGCUGACACGGGCGGAAAAUUUCAUCAACAGUUUUGGAAUUCUCGGUUGGCGAACGCAAAUAAUCGACGAGAAUUGUCCGCAGGAUACAGCGAGAAAUGAAAGACAAGCUUGGGCGCACCGACUAACGACGCCAGAGAACGGUAUCGUGCAUAACCGCAAGGAACAAGGUGGCGUGGAGGAGCGGGAGUGUGUCAUCGUGAAAAUAACUCUCCCCCCACCACCCGGCACAGGAAAUAAAAAAAAACUAGGUAGACCAUGCCGUGAACUUGGUCUUGCGUCUAUACCUACGUGUACAGAACCGACAAUGAUUGAUAUCUGAUGCACGAAUUCAAAUAGUGAGCGUUCUGGAAAAUCAACCAUCGAGGAACGGCGAAACACGUUGGUGUACCCCCCGGCGCGACAACUACAACAACAACAACAACAGCAAGUCAGUCCAAAGCCAAACCAAGAAAUCCCAAAUUAGCGCCGCGCGAAGGAGCGAGACAGGGCAGACGAAAUGAUAAUGAAGGAGUGAGACCCGCGAAAUAAUCAGUGAAUUUGAGUGCGCUGAAAGUAUAGUUUGCCAACUAGUGGUUAGAGUUGGUAUCGAAAAAAGAAAAAUCAGUACCCGUCGUCGAAGUGAUGAGAGAAUACUGAGUCAGUGUGUGCGUAUGUAAGUUGAUUUUAAGAUAUUUGGUCGAUCCACUGUGAAGAGAGAAAGCGAUUGUCCUGAACGCGCAAGAAUUGGGGCUGGGAAACGAAGGUGUUUUGUACGUGCUGAGAUUCGAACCGAAGGGUCAUAAAAAUUGCAUAAAUCUGAGCGCGUCCGAGAGUGGUGAUAUAAAUCAAAUUGUCUCGGGCCCCGGAAAAAAAGGAUAACAAGCAAAAGAAAGAUAUAAGUGCUUAAGGUAGUGUCGUGAGAGUAAAAGAGGCAGAAUAAACGAAAAAAAGAGGAUAUAAAAUUUAUAUUUAUUGCCAGUGUCCAUAUCCGUAGAACGACGGGAAUACUGAGAAAGAGGAAGAAACUGGAGAGUACUUGAGAAGAGAGAUAUAUAAAGUACACUCACAUAUAUACUUACAAUCAAACAAAUUGACCGACAUAUUCUGCGGGAAAAAGAGAAGUUAAUCUGGCCGGUGUUUAGUGAAGUGACGAAGUGUUUGAAUAAUAAAUAUAUUUUGCGGAGUUUGAGUUUUGGCUAGUGUGCGCUUGAAGAAACGAGCGCGAAACAGAACAAGUGUAGCUGCCGAACUGUCUCCCAUUAUGUUUGGAUACAUUAGCACUGCUGACAUCGAUAGCAAUCUACAACCCAAUAAAGACGUGUGCCGUGCCAAGGCAUGUUGGGGCCCACUGCCAAUGGUCGUUUAAUGGGACCUGCUGGCAUCGGUUCGUCCGCAUCGACAACAGUGUCACAUCAUCGGAACCUAUGGCCACCGGCAGCGAGCCGUUCGUUCGAGUUCCAGCCCAAUGGCGAAGUGACAGAAUCGUUGUUCGCAGCAGGCGGGUAUAAUACUCCCCCGGCUAACUCGCCCUUUCUUCCCUGUUCGCCGCUGGAGUUGGUCGCGAAAAACUACCACAGCACCGGCGCAGCCGUCACGUUCAGUCAAGCCAAUAGCAGCAUAUUCGUUCAAUCGCAGACCGAUUUCAUCAAUGGAACCACGUCGGUUGCCAAAAAGACGGAGACCUGCAUCGGCAGGUGGGAGCACGGCACUCUAGAGCCGCUUCAGAUACAAGUACCUCCAGUACCAUCCGUAACUAACUUAACCAUAAAGACGGAAAAUAUUAGUUCCGGCAGUCAGAUAACUUACCAUAGCAAUAAUCUUAAUAAUCAUAACAGUAGUAGCAAUAAAUCAGACGGAUUAGAUCAGCGCCACCAUUAUCAACAUCACCACGUUCAACAAUUACAACAUCCGAACCACCCAAGACCACCUCAAUCUCAUCUAACUGGUACUUCUGCUCGCACCACGUUUCUGCGGCUGUCGGAACACCAUCAUCGCCUGACAGACCCCGACGACGCAGCAUCGACGCUUGAUCUGGUGCUAGCCCCCACGACGACCACGAACACGGUUACCACGGCAACGGUAGCACCGUCCUGUCUGUCAUCGCCGUCCUUUGCACUGAGCGCCAUCAAUCAGACCCUCGUCGGUCGAACAGAUCAUCCACGCGCUGGCCAGCGCCCAUCUGACUGUAGCGUUAUUGUAACGCCUCGCAGCAACCGGCAAUACCAACUACUACGUCAACAGCAGCAACAACAACAGCACCAGCAUUCUCUACCAAUCGGUGGUAGCUGGAGAUCACCCAACUCUACAGCGACAGAAUCGACGUCAUCGACGCUCCGCAGCACCGGUUUAAGUCAACCACGGAACUCCCCCGACACGGCAUGCUCUGUCAUUCACAUUAAACGUGAACCGUGCCAAGUGUCCGAGGUAACCACAUCGAACAAUUUCGAGGCCAGCGCAACGGCACUGACCGCCGUUGUGAAGAUCGAAGCCCAAUCACCGAAGGCAGUUGCCUGUUCGUCCAGUUGUGGCAUUGGCGGGAACACGAUGGACCAUAUCGGAAUCACUAGCACGCAGAACAAUGCGGCCUCCGCUACGAUUCCGGUCGGCAUCGCCGUCGCCCGCCAGAGGUUACAAGACUCCACAGCUGCUCAAGUUUCGCAGCUCCAUCAAGCCAAAGAACUGAACCGGUUUGGAAUCGGAAUCGCUGCCACCGCAGCAGCUACCGGAUCCACCGCUGAUUUAGGCUGCACCACGCCGAGUCUGAGUCAGAACAUGUUUUUCACAGGCACUAACUCCACCAUGAUACCCCUCUCGUCGGAGGCGGUAACGAUGGGCGUGACUAACGCCGCUGCAGCCGCCGUCCAGAAUGCCGUUAGAACACCGCCCGCCCUGUGGCAGUAUCCCGGCGGCUGCCAGCCACAGCAACAGCAGCAGCAGCACCAUCAACAACAGCACCUUCGCCUGGAACAACCACCGCUGCUACCACAAUUGGCUCUGAUGGAUCAGACAGGUUCGGAGAAAAAACUGCUCGGCUAUAUGGUGCUUGAUCGGUUCGUUUCCUCCUCCGCCGAAGAGGACGUUUGCACACCGCUGAAAGCUCCGCUGCCGAUGGAUUCGAUGCUUUCCAUGCCACCCAUUCCUCCCGUAGGAUUUCAACUGGUGCGGGAUCCCAGCACCGGGCAAAUUUUGUUCCUUCCAACAACGACGGCAAUCGCCAAUCCAUCCAACUUUCUAGAUAAAAUCUAUAUUUCUUGUGUAGAACCAUUCCAACAGACGGUCGUGUGGCCAUCGUAUCCACAAACGACGGCCGCAAUACAGCCGCCGCAUCUGCUGCUGCCGCAGAUUACGCAGCAGCAGCUUCAGCCACCACCGUUGGCACCACUGCAGAUGCUUAGCUCCGAUUAUCUGGCAACUGCCAGUAGCACAACGCUGCAUCAGCAACAGCAUACCCAAACACACCACAGUACAAGAUACGUUGCACUGACGUCCGAUGGCAAUAAAAGGUCCACCGGGAAUAACAAGCAUUCGAUCAGCAACCUUCAAACAUCAUGCCAUCCACCCAUCCCGAUGCCAAUCCCGUCGCAUACCUUCAUCAAAAUCGAAGACUGUGGUAACACAACAGCGGCCAAUUGCAAUAAUACCGCUCAAAUUUUCCACGAACCGGAAAAAACAAUUCAAACGGCCACGAUUGCCACUUCUCCAGAUAUUGCACCCCAACUGCUAUUCCAGCAAGGCAAUCUCAUCCAGAUAACUCCCUCCACCAAGACCGGUACGACAAUAAUAGAACACCCAGCGUUGCUGCCGGCCAUGACAACGGCAACUCCUAUCACCCCUCCACCGUCAACGGUAUCAGCAGCGAUAGCACCAAGCCCCCACCAGCCGGAACUUCCGAUGACCACUUGUCUAACGCCUCCACCGGAUCAGUCCAUGUCUCACGGCGAAGAUCCUGACGCUUCAUCAUGCUGCGCCGCUCCCGAGGUACAAGACGCCAACAUUCAAACCGAUACUCCUGUGAUGAGCGAAGAUGACAAUACCGUCGGAGAUGACGAUGUACCGCAUCAUGAAGAUGUGUCAACCAUGUCAGCAAACACUACAGAUGGGCCACACUUCCAGGAACUAUUCUUAUCACCAACAACCGCUCCGCCCAUUGUAAGCACAGCGCUGUCAACAUCCACAUCGGAACUGUUGUGUCAAAGUAUUAUCAACAGCAGCGGCGACUCAGCUAUCGAACCGGACAUGUCGGCGCAUUCCUCAUCGGUCACCAGUCUAAACUUCAGCAAUACUAGCAGUACGAAUUGUGAGCAAGCUGAUAUGGAUGGAGAAAAUGGAGCAACCAACGCAGCGCCAGCUGUUCCCAUUCCAGCCGAACUCCAACCACAAAACCUUACGGUAAACGCAACAUUCAGUGGCUUACGGAUACCGAAGCAAGAAAUGCUCUCACCAGUUGAAACUCCAGUCUCCCAGGAAGAGGAAGAAACUCAUCCACCGGAGCACUCCUCUAUCCAACCGCAACAGGAACAUCCAGUAGAUCUCAGCGGUCUUGAACUGCUGUCCCGUAGUAUAGAAGUCUUCCAGAAGAAAGCUUCAAUGAUUAAAAAAGAACCCAUAUCCCCGCAGCAUCCGCCAGAGCCUCUGCAGCUUCCAUCGCCCGUUCCUUGCGAACCUGAUCGACUACCAAACAUUCAGGAAUACGACCAGCCAACUUCCCAACCACCACCAGCACAAAGUGUAACUGUGCAACCACCAGAAUCGGUAGCGAGUGCCUUUAUUGGCGGUGACGAACCGAUGGUGGGACUAAAUCUCCUCUGUGCUCUGGCCGAGCAACGCUUCCAGGAGGAAGGAAUGUUCAAAAAAGAUUCACCCACCGUCGCAAACUUCUCCCCAUCGAUAUCCCCCGCGUGCGACAAAGUCGAUCCUGUCAGUUCUUCGCCGUCUCAGCCAACGACCGUCCUGGAUCCUCCUCCGUCGCGCAAACGUAAACAUAAACAUUCCAAAGACUCCAAAAAGUCAAGCAAGAAAUCAAAACACGAACGAGAACUGCGGCGGGAACGCAAGCGAAAGCACAGCUCUGACGCACGCGAAGAAGAUGACGUUGAUGGAGUGUUGAAAGAGAGCUUUUCGCGGGUGAGAGCAAAGCUGGAAACGUGCAACUGUAAAGAUGCCCACGAGAAGGAUCAUCGCUGUUGCCGGACGAGCUGGCCAUCGGCGAACGAGUUGUUCAGUGUGAUUGAAUCCGACAUGAAGGAGAGGCUAGUUAACAUUACGAGACAAUGCGAGGAGAAAAAGCGUGAACUGGAACAGAUGGGUACGAGCUCUGUGGCGAAAGUCAAACCACUCACGGCGAUGGUGCGAAUACCGGACAUUGGUAAAUCUUUCUUCGGUGGAUUUAGCGGCACAAGCGGCCUGCUGAAUGGUACAACUGCGGCAAGUAACAGCAGCUGUGUUGGCGGUCAAACUCCGACGAUGUCAUCCCCCAAACUAAGCACAAUACCGGCGUUAUCACCCAGUUUCUCGUCGUCCUCGAAUUCAACAUUUGUUGAACUUCCAAAACUCAGUUCCGAUACCGAUUCCGGUAAGUUAGACGAUGUAGAUUCCGGAUCGAUUGAACGUUUGUCUGCUUCCAAAAGAAAGGGUGGAGUGCCCAAGAAGCACGACGAGCUUGCCCUGACAGAAACGAUUGUGGCAAAGAAGCCUAAAAGUUUAGUCGGCUACAUCCUAGCAUCGAAAAACCGACAAGGUGACACCGUCGUUAAAGAGACCGGUCAUAGCAAACCAUCCUCACAUCACCACCACCGGCACCAUCAUCACGCAGCGGGUGGUGCAAAUAGUGCCACCAAACCGGACGAAUCGAAACCGAAGAAAUCGCCGAUUCACGCGUCCAAGUUCGAGAGCACAACAAGUGACGACGCCAGUAACCUUUCAGACAGUUCCAACAAGCCUCAGAUCAAAAUAAAAUCGCCAGCUUUCAGUUUCGACGAUGAAAACAGCAAACCAUCGGACGCAGCAUUUUCAAUUUUCGGUGGUAAACCGUCCAUUUUCGACAAAAUAAAAACAUCACCGGUCUCAAGUUCGCUGAAAAUGUCACCGGUUCAAGCUGUGAUUGCACCACUGAAGCAUCACACAAAACAUAAGAAGUCCCGCAGUAAGGAACGCAAGCGUCGCAACUCCGAAAAGAAGCGAAUCGACCAAAAGUGUUUGCUGAGUAGUGAGCACCUUGGGAAAGAGAAAACUCGAGUACUGACCGCCAUGGGUGGGCUAUUCUACGCUGGAUGCUUGAGUGCAGUUCAGCCACCGGAUAUCUAUGCGGUAACGUUGGAUGGUGAACGGGGUAACCGACCUCAUAUCAUGUCCCGAGAGGAGGUACUGCGUGAUGCGAUUCUUGAAGUAGCCCCAAAAUCGGUUGAUGAGAUUAUUCCAGGAACGCGAGUAUGUGCCUACUGGAGUCAACAGUACCGCUGUCUCUAUCCGGGAGUUGCAGCCGAACCUACUUCACCGGACCCCGAGAAACGAUAUAUUAACGUGGAGUUUGACGAUGGAGAUAAUGGAAGGAUUGCUUUGGAGGACAUCCGCUUUCUACUGAGUGACUAUCCAAUAGUCGAAUACGAUCCAAAUCCUCUUCUAUCGUUAGGCAAAAGAAAACGCCAGCCAAGCGUGUCCGAAGUGGGUACUGCUGGCAGUACCACUACCAUCGGGGUAACAAUUGCUCCGAUGACUGCUACGAGUACAACGAUAACGGCCAACUGUUUCGCAAUAGUUAGCGAACGUACGGAUAAACGCGUUCACAGCGACGCCUAUCGAGAGGAACGCAGGAGACUGAAGAAGAUUCGCAAGGAUAAGCUACGAAGAUUAGCGGCGAAUAAUGCGGAAAUGUCCUCCCACAAGCACAAGAAAAAGUCCAAGUGCAACGAUGAGUACUGCAAGCACCGAAAACACAAGAAGCGAAGAAAGCACAAGAAACAUCAUCGAGAGAACCAUAUGUCGUCGUCGCCGGAUGCCGCCGCAGCUGGAUCGAUGGAUGAUGACAUCUCGCAAGGGGACAGUGCGUCCCAGGUAGCAGAACCGUUUAGUCCGGCCUCGGUGGAGACCUCCCAGCCGGAGGAAAAGGUUGAUGAGCUGGAGGUGUUUAAUCCGAACCUCAAGGAAGAUACCAUGACGGAAGAGGAGGCGAGUUCUUCGAUAACUGAAAGCUCGGGAUCUUACUACCAACCGAAAAAAUCGCUGGAAAAACAGGAGAAAAGGCAAUCUACGGAAAACAACAGCAAAAUUGCAGCCUUUCUCCCAGCGCGGCAGCUCUGGGCAUGGUGUGGUAAGGGAUACCGUCGCUCGACCGGACGGGUCAAGAAGCAGUUCUACAAAUCAAUCCAGCGAGGCAAGGAGACUAUUUCGGUCGGUGACAGUGCCGUUUUUCUCUCCACGGGAAGGCCGGACAGGCCAUACAUCGGACACAUCGAGUCCAUGUGGGAAACGUCCACCAACAACAUGGUGGUACGUGUCAAAUGGUUCUACCACCCGGAGGAAACCGAGGGAUGUCCUAACCUCAAGUAUCCGGGUGCCCUCUUCCAGUCGCCGCACGAGGACGAGAACGACGUUCAAACCAUUUCGCACAAGUGUGAGGUGCUCUCACUGAGCGAGUAUACCGCCAAGUUCGGCGCAGAUCCCAAGCAGUACAGUGCCAUCUAUGAUAACAACGAUACGUACUACCUGGCCGGUUACUACGAUCCGACAGUGAUGACGAUCAAGAUGCAACCGGACAUCGAGAUACUGCCGGGGGAUGCGAAGUGGGUCAAGUCCAACUAGGAAAUCGCCCCUGCCGCGUACGUGUAAAGCAGACUGUUAGUGAUUUCAUUGUGAUGCAAUUUUAGGAUGUGCAAUUUUUUGGUGAAUAUUUCCGCAAUAUUCUAACAUCAACAACAGCGUUUGCAAGAAAAAUCCGUCGAUAGUGGGGGAAUAAGUUGUUCAAAACAAUAGCAAAACUUCACACUAUCGUAGAAGUAGGUCCAAGCAGUUCUUGAAAAGAAUUGUUUGUUUUUAUAAAUCAUGUCGUUUAAAGCAUACGGUUGCACUUUAAGAAAGUGUAGAUUACUAUUCUAAUAAGAUAUCCUCAGCUUCUGUAAAUAAUAAUUUAAAAUACGCAGUAGACGAUGAUCAAUAACGUGUAUAAUAGUUGUACAUAUUUGCAAACCUUAUCAAUGUCAAAAAAACUUAUAGUUAUCUAAUGAUACAAUAUCAAGCAAAUAAAUAGUGGUAAUAUAUUUUUCUACCUGUUGAGAUUUUAACGCCUAACGAAGAAAAGACAAAAAUACCACAUCAGUCAAAGAGCUUUUGGAACGAAAUUCAUAAUACCUCUGCUAUACAUUAUAUUCUAAUCGAUCAAAGGACAAAAAUUGUAACGAAAAGAAGAAAAAAAAUAUUUUGGAGUGAUAUUAAGCGCAAGAUGCGCACUAAUCAAACGAAAAUUUAAAACCUUUUUCCUAAUCAGAGAAUCUAUUCGGGCGAAUUGUUCCUUUAAUGUACAGCAGGGGUGAACGACAAAAUUUAACACCAGCCAGACAGUUGGUGUAGUUUUUCUUGGAAGUUUUCACUUCACAUGCAAACAAAUUUUCAACUUGAUCUCUUUACAUUUAAUUGGUACAAUGAAAUCUGUUUCAAAUUAUGACAUAAAACGUUGAAUUAGAUUUUAGACUCAGUGUAUACUAACAAUAGGAAGGACUAAUUUAUUAAAAUUGCAGUAAUUGAAACUUCUGAAUACCCUUAGAAGGGUGUCUAGUGAGCAAUAGUGCACCACGAGAAAUCAAUACAUUAAUUGAACUGCUAUAUUCAAGCAACUGUCUUCAAACUGUUACUAUGCAAUUAGAAUACCAAGGUCAAACAUAAAAAAGCGACAAAUGAAACCCAGUGGCAAAAUUAUAUCAUUAUAUUUUUAAUAAGCGUUCAUGUUUAUGUAUAUAUAGCGCAUAAAUUGGUGUAACUAAUCAAGGGGAAAAUAAGAACGAGCUUCUGCUAUGCUACAAGUUUAGCCUACGCUGUGUUUAUCACACUUUGUUUUGUAAAUGUUGCGUUGAUCAUACUUUUCACCGUUAAGUUAAUGUGUAUAAUAAAUUAUGAUACUUAUGCUAUACCACAGAAGGUAUUAGUUGUACUCAAAGUAAAUUAAAAUGAAUGGGCAAUGAAGGAAGGUGGAACACGAGUACAUUAAAAUGGAUCCAAGAGAUCAAUUGAAUAUCUUUUCAUUGGCCGUGUACUGCAUUAGUUUAUGGUUUUUUACAAAUUAUGUAAAACAAUAUAAAACAUUGUCCUGAAA